GUCACAAUGGAGGCCUUAUCAAACACCUGGCACUGGCUGCCAAUGUAGGAAACUAAGGCCCUGAAGGAUGGGGACUAGUGGGAAACCAUCUGGAAGCCACGUGAAUGAGUAAGAUCUUGGAGAAGACAGCAGAGAGAUUAAAGAUCCCAGGGUUACAACUUGGAGAAGUUUCACAGUAUAUCAUCCAAAAGAGGAAUACAAGAUGGAGGCAGAAGUAAAUUUGGAGAGGACGCAAAAAUGCCACCCAAGCGCAUAGCUAAGAAAAGAUCACCCCCAGAAGAUGCCAUCCCCAAAAUCAAGAAGGUGAAGGUCUCACACAGGUCCCACAGCACAGAACCAGGCUUGGUGCUGACACUGGGCCAGGGUGACGUGGGCCAGCUGGGGUUAGGUGAGAAUGUGAUGGAGAGGAAGAGGCCAGCCAUGGUGUCCAUUCCAGAGGAUAUCGUUCAGGCGGAGGCUGGGGGCAUGCACACCGUGUGUCUAAGCAAAAAUGGCCAGGUCUACUCCUUCGGCUGCAAUGACGAGGGUGCCCUGGGAAGGGACACAUCAGUGGAGGGCUCAGAGACGGUCCCUGGGAAAGUGGAACUGCAAGAGAAGGUGGUACAGGUGUCAGCAGGAGACAGUCACACAGCAGCCCUCACUGAGGACGGCCGUGUCUUCCUCUGGGGCUCCUUCCGGGACAAUAACGGUGUAAUCGGGCUGUUGGAACCCAUGAAGAAGAGCAUGGUGCCUGUACAGGUGCAGCUGGAAGCUCCUGUGGUGAAGGUAGCCUCAGGAAAUGACCACUUGGUGAUGCUCACAGUUGACGGUGACCUCUACACCUUGGGCUGCGGGGAGCAGGGCCAGCUGGGCCGCGUGCCUGAGUUAUUUGCCAACCGUGGUGGCCGGCAGGGCCUUGAGCGACUCCUGGUCCCUAAGUGUGUGAUGUUGAAAUCCAGGGGAAGCCGAGGCCAUGUGAAAUUCCAGGAUGCCUUCUGUGGUGCCUAUUUUACCUUCGCCAUCUCCCGUGAGGGCCACGUAUAUGGCUUUGGCCUCUCGAACUACCAUCAGCUUGGAACUCAAGGCACAGAAUCUUGCUUCAUACCCCAGAACCUAACAUCCUUCAAGAAUUCCACCAAGUCCUGGGUGGGCUUCUCUGGUGGCCAGCACCAUACAGUCUGCAUGGAUUCAGAAGGGAAAGCGUACAGCCUGGGCCGGGCUGAGUACGGGCGGCUGGGCCUUGGGGAGGGUGCUGAGGAGAAGAGCAUACCCACCCUCAUCUCCAGGCUGCCCACCGUCUCCUCGGUGGCUUGUGGCGCCUCUGUGGGGUACGCUGUGACCAAAGAUGGUCGUGUUUUUGCCUGGGGCAUGGGCACCAACUACCAGCUGGGCACAGGGCAGGAUGAGGACGCCUGGAGCCCUGUGGAGAUGACGGGCAAACAGCUGGAGAACCGUGUGGUCCUAUCUGUCUCCAGUGGGGGCCAGCAUACAGUCUUACUAGUCAAGAACAAGGACCAGAGCUGAUGAAGCCUCUGUGGGCCUGGCCCCCAUAGCAUCCCCCACAGAAUAGGGAAGAUUCCAGCAGGCUCUCCCCAGCCCUGAACACUGUGUCAUCUGCCUUUUUCCCAUCAGCAGAACAGAAUCCUUUUCCUCUUUUUCUUCCUCCUUUUUGGAAUCAUCCUGGGACCUGCAGGAUGAUGGGGGGAUGGAUGGGAGGUUUCUCAGAAGGAAUAUUGCUCACCAGGGAGCUAUGUGGUUUGACUUUUGCUCCCAUUUCCCUACCUUCCAUGUUCCUGGCUGGCCCUGGCUUUACCUACCAGGAAACCAAAACUUCCUUGCUUGGGAGUUUGGUGCCCACACUCUGAGAAGUUGGGUCUCCAUCAAGCUCCACUCUAGUCAUGUGCCCCUUUCCUGUUCCUAACAAUCCACUGGCAGACAAAUGGUAUGGUCAUCAGACCAGCUGUCAUGAACCCAUGCCUGAAGGAAUCUGGGGAAAAGGCAGGGCUACACAGCCAGGGAAACCCAAGCCAGAUUUUUGGCUCUGAUUAAGUGUCCAUGGGGCAAAACAGAAUGAUCCUCCAUUUGACUGAGAAGAAAGCCAACUAGCGGUUCUCCCAGAAGCACAAAGCAUUCACCUGCCCCUCAGGCAGUGCUUAUAUCUGCCCAUCUAUUUGGCUUCACCUGCAGCUAAGGGCCAGAAACCUCAAAGAAGCCACAUAUGCAGGGCAGGGUAGGACAGAGCAGGACAGGGUAUGGGGUGAGAGAGGAUGGAGGGUUUUAUAAGCAAAAUUAUAGCAAUAUUGAGCGGGAAGGGGAAGAGGGUUGGAGGAGAAGAGGCUGGUCCCAAGAAGGAAACAGCAACUUGUACAGUGGCUGAGAAAAUAGAAAAUAAUUUUGAUUUUUUUAAA